AAAGAGAGCGAGAGAGAGAGAAAUUGAGUAUACUGUGUUUGUAAGAUUAGACAGUGGGAGGGGUAGUUUUGAAUAAGCAAAACUCACAACCCUAGAAAAUACACUCAACGUUUUAAGAGUUUGGCUGCCUGAAACCAGUGACAAGAAAGGCUACGGCAAACCGAAGAUGACAGCUGAUCUUUAGGAUACUUGCAAGAUGCACGGUAUCGUACUGUGUGUAACUAUUCUAAACUAGUUUUCCUGUGUAGGUUUCAUCGGUAACCACAGUUGUCUCGGCCAGCAUGGACAGUGAAGCAAGGGCGAAUGGGGAGGACAUUACUCUCAACAAACUAGACGACAUUGAAGCGAACCUUGACCGCCUUGACCCCUCUGGAAACGUGUACCGGAUGAUUAACAUGAACCAUUAUGCCACUAAGAAGAGUGUAGCUCAAAGUAUGCUGGAUGUGGCUCUACUCAUGGCUAACUCAUCCCAGAUAAAGACUGUUCUAUACGUGGGGCCACAGUACAGAUUCUACAAACCUCUCAUAGUACUGCUGUCCGUGUCUAUUACGCUACAAGUUGUCGUGGGACUACUGCUGGUCUUUAUAGUGAAGUAUGAUCUGAAUGAUGUGAGGAAACACUCAAAGCUGAACAUGAUGAACAACACAGCAACAGUAUUUGUUUUCUUCACAGUCGUCAUCAACAUCUUCAUCACUGCGCUAGGCUUUGAGGGGGCUGUAAUAGGACUUCCAGAACCACAAUCCUUCCUUCUGACCACUGAAGAGAACCAGACCAGAGGCCUAUAGACCACAACCUGACCCCAACCUCAGACCAUCUUCAGACAACUGGCAGCUUGUAGAGCACAAGCUUAGCACAACCUGGCCUCAAUCUAACCAGAGGAUUGUACAACCUGACCAUAACCUGAACGCAACUCAAAAUUAGAAAGGUGUUCCUAAUUUCUGGUAUACUCAGUGUAUAACGGCAGUCACAUUUCUUUCAAAAGUAAGAAUUUAAGAGUUAUUUUGUUACCAAAUCCUGUGCAGAAUUUAGACAUUUUAUACACUGUGUUUCUAAUUUUUAUAUCCUGUAAAUAUGCCUUUAUAAAUGUG